AUGAGUCUGUGGGAUAAAUAUAAUGUAAAGAAAGAUUAUAUAUAUAGAACAAUAGCGCUUUUAUUUUUAAUAAUUACAUGGAUAUUAUUAUCAUCUGGUGAAUUAGAUGGAAGUAUACCACAUAGUAAGAUCUUUUUUAAAUCAUUAAACUUAGACAAUUAUUUCACUAGUUUAAAUAAUGGUGAUAAAGUUUCUCAAUUUACUGAUGUACAAACUAUUAUAAAUAAGGAUUCAAAUUAUAUGAAAUUUGGUAGAGCUACAUGGAAAACGUUUCAUGUAAUGAUGGAAAUGUUUCCUGAUGUUAAUAUGAAUAAUAAUGAUGAUUUAAAGAAAAGAGAUAAGUUAGUUGAUUGGAUAAAUCUUAUUGGAGAAACGUAUCCAUGUUCAAAGGAUUCAAACAAUAUUUUUUUACAAAGUGUACAAAGAUAUCCAUUACCUAUAAAUCUUAAUAAAAUUAUUAAUAUUGAAUGGGGUUGUCAUAUACAUAAUUUAGUGAAUGAAAGACUUGAAAAAGUUAAAUAUAAUUGUUCACAAUUAAUACUAGACCUUAAACAAACUGAACAAGAUUAUAAUCAAGAUAUAGAAUAUAAUGAUCUUGAUAAAGUUACAUUAAAUAAAGAGGAUAAACAAUUAGGUUAA